CAGCGAAAACUCCUGGACCCGGGGGUGCUGACGACCGGCGUUGAGUCCGGUGGGCCCCCUUCCCCGCAUGAGGCCACCAAGGCACCCCUGCCCGCCAUCGGGAAGCCACCUCCGCCGCUUCACAAAGAAGGGUGAAGACCCGCCCCUUGAGGUGAUUGACGGACAGUCUCCUCCAAUGUGUAGCGCGCUCGGCCCCAGCGGGCUGAGCAAGGGCCGCGGGACGCGGAGGAAUCUCUUCUGCCCUUUAGUCCCGGGCGAAGUGUUGCGGCCGGCGCCAUUUUACUGAGUCGCUUGUCUCGGGUGCCGCCAUGUUGGUGAGGAGAAAUCACCGUUACGGCCACUGUCCAAAUCCCCGCGUCGCUGCAUGCCGCCCGCCCGCUCGCUCCCAAGCCUCAGCCACCGGCGGCGAAUAGAGACUAAAGCGGCAGCGCCGGCAGCGCGGGGCCGUUGCCCAGUGUUUGCAGUUAGAGUCCCAUCUCUCUGGCGUGGUUGUUAAUAGACUGGAAAGUCUGUGUCUGUGUCGCUCACUAGUAACCGUGAGUUUUUACCACUUCGUCACCUCUCGGCGGCGGCCGGGAGCAGGUGCCCGCAGGCGGCGCAGGGUCCUCCCCGCGCCCGCCGCCGCCGGCCUCGCAGACCUGCCCUCCAGCCCCGCCCCGUUCUUGACCAAACAUGACAGACUCUGAACAUGCAGGGCACGACAGAGAAGAUGGUGAAUUAGAAGAUGGUGAAAUAGAUGAUGCAGGAUUUGAAGAAACACAAGAACAGGAAGCAAAAGAGGAUGAAAAGCAGAAAAGUGAGAAAGGCUACAAAAAAUCAAGAAAAAAACACAAGAAAGAAAGAGAGAAGAAAAAGUCCAAAAGGAGAAAACAUGAGAAACACAAGCAUAAUUCUCCAUCUAGUGAUGAUAGUUCAGACGUCAGCCUUGCUUCAGAUGUUGAACGUACGGAAAUUUCCCGUAAAAAAGGAACUGGUUUCUACAGGGAUUAUGACAUUCCAUUUCCUCAGAGUGGACAUAUAUCAGGAAGCUACAUGACAUCACAGAAAGGUCAACAUAAUAAAAAAUAUAAAAAUAAAGACUAUGAUGAAUACAGUACCUACAGUGAUGACAACUUCGGUAACUACAAUCAGGAAACAGAGGAAGAUUUUGUUAAGCAACUGAAACAAUACAGACAAGCUAAAGAAAUCUCAAGUACUGCUUUAGGAUCAUCAUUUUCUAAAGAAACAGGAAAAAAACAGAGAAUGAAAGGAUUCCAGCAAGGGAUCGAACAGAGGGUUAAAAGUUAUGCCGUUGGUUGUGGACGUGGUUUGCAGAAGAAAAUCAAACGCAAAGACCGUGGGGGAAGAUCUAAUAAAGGCCCUAAUGUUUUUUCAGGAGUGGAUGACUUUCAAGAGAAUAGUAAACCAGGGAAAAAAUGGAAGGUUAUGACACAGGAAUUUAUUAAUCAGCAUACAGUGGAACACAAAGGAAAACAAAUCUGCAAAUACUUUCUGGAGGGGAGAUGUAUUAAGGGAGAUCAAUGUAAAUUUGAUCAUGAUGCCGAGUUGGAGAAGAGAAAAGAGGUCUGCAAAUUUUAUUUACAAGGAUAUUGUACCAAAGGAGAAAACUGCAUUUAUAUGCAUAAUGAAUUUCCAUGCAAGUUCUAUCAUACUGGAGCAAAAUGUUACCAAGGAGACAACUGUAAAUUUUCUCAUGAUGAUCUGACUAAAGAAACAAAGAAACUUUUGGACAAAGUGUUGAAUACUGAUGAAGAACCCACAAAUGAAGAUGAAAGAGAAUUAGAAGAACUGAGAAAACGUGGCAUAACUCCUCUGCCCAAACCACCUCCAGGAGUUGGGCUUCUGCCAACCCCACCAGAGCAUUUUUCUUUUUCUGAACCUGAAGAUGAUUUUCCGACAGACCUUUCUGAUGAUUUCAAGAAAAUCCCAUCUCUUUUUGAAAUAGUUGUAAAACCUACUGUGGAUUUGGCACACAAGAUUGGGAAGAAAACACCAGCAUUUUAUAACAGCGCCUCACCACCAGGACCACAAUUUCAGGGAAGCAGCCCACACCCUCAGCAUGCCUAUAGUCCUGGGUCAAGUCCUGGGCCUCAUAUGUCUCAGGGACACAAUAGUCCUGUGAUGCACCCAGGCUCCCCUGGACAUCACCCAUGUGCAGGACCUCCUGGUCUACCAAUGUCACAGAGCCCACCUUUGCCACCUGGCCCACCUGGCGUUGUAGGCCCUCACAGUCAAGCUGGAAUACUUGUUCAAGCAGGUCCACCUCUGAUACCACCUAGUAUGAGUGGUGCUUACCAUUCUCCAGGCUUUCAAGGACACACGAUGAAUGUACCUCGAGAAAACCACUCUUCUCCAGGUUCAUCACACCAGCAAAGUCCUGCUGAAAUGCAAUUCGACACCAAUUAUGAGUCCUUGCAAAACCCAGCUGAGUUCUAUGAUAGUUACUACUCACAUCAUGCCGUCCAUAGUUUUCAGCUUCCCAGUAACUCUGGUGAUGAGCUCUGGCAGGGUGAAUUUGCCCACCAUCAGCCUCCCGUUGUUCAGGACUCGCAGGACCACAGGAGCGAGUGUGACGGCAGCAGCCUGACAGUCCACAGCCCUCUGACUGCACCAGGGCUCCUCCCUGCAGUGCAGAGGGCACUUUUUGUGAGACUUACUCAGAAAUACCAAGAAGAUGAAGAACCAAGCAGCACUGAGCCUCACAGGGUACCAAGCAAGGAAGAAGAUGAUACUGUUAACUGGUAUUCCAGCAGUGAAGAGGAGGAAGGAAGUAGUGUCAAGUCAAUACUGAAAACAUUACAGAAACAAACAGAAACUUUAAGGAAUCAGCAACAACCCCCAGCAGAACUCAGCAUUCCGACUGAUCCAAGACUUGCUAAGGAGAAAAACAAAGUACACCAAGUGGUUGACCCUAGACUCAGGACUAUCCCAGGUCAAGGCAUUAGAAAACCUAUUGACUCUGCCCCACUGGAUCUCAGACUUGUGUGGGAUCCCAGGAAAUUUAGAGGGAAUGGAAGUGGCCGUGUAGGCUCUUCUGUUGGUGAAGCCAAGUGUGAUUUACGUCAUGCGAAUGCUAGCACUAAUGUCAAACACACAAGAGGAGAUGACGAUGAGAAGGCAGGAAGAGAACUGAGAGAAAAAGCUUUCUUGAUACCUUUGGAUCUUUCACCUGGUAUAAUACUCCAGGAUCCAAGGUCACAACUGAGACAGUUCAGUCAUAUUAAAAUGGAUAUUAUCCUAACAAAACCAAACUUUGCAAAACACAUCGUGUGGGCUCCAGAAGACUUACUUCCAGUACCUUUACCUAAACCUGACCCAGUGUCUUCAAUCAACUUACCUCUACCCCCUCUUAUAGCUGAUCAGAGGCUCAGUAGGUUACGGGAGGCAAAAAGUGAUCUUCAUCAAAACACAGUGCCCGUUGACCUAAAAUUAGCAGCCAAAGCCAAAAAUAAUACAACAAACAGAGAAGGCUACCUAGAGCAAUUGGGAGACUUACAGAGUUCAAGAAGUAAAUUAGGAGAUCCCAGGAGGCAAAAAAGUUUUGAUCCUAGACUUCACAGACUCCCCAAUCCAGAGUUGCAUCAGGUGGUUACAAAGGAUUCACAUACAUCUAAGGGUACCCCUCGUUUAGCGAGAUCAAACCCUGGUUCAGCACAGCCCUCAGGGGCAGUAACUAGCAGCUCUGGGCCCGGGGCUCUGCCUCCAUACGCCCCUAAACUGUCAUCUUCAACUGGUCUUCCGCUGGGAACUCCAAGUUCAGUUCUUAGUGGCAUUAGUUUGUAUGGUCCUAGGGAGCAUGGUUCUUUAUCUACAUCUGAGCUAGCAACAGUUUCUUUAGGAGAAAAUGCAGAAAACCAGAAAAAAAGUGGUGGUUUAAAAAGUAGUGGCAAAAAUGAGCCUUCUCCUGCAGAACCGAUCCUGCCGCAGAAAACCACUCCAAAUAUGGAAGUCACUGUUGAUGGGCCAGCUGAGCCCCAGGCAGAUCUUCUCAGGAGUUCUGGUAAGAUCCAGGCCCCAGCAGUGCACAGUCUUCCUAUCCCGGCAUUAACAGGCUUAAUUAGACCCCAGUACAACGAUCCCAGGCAGGCCAGGCAGCCUGGACAGGUGAGCCCAGCCCCAGAUAAUGACCCCAAUAAAGAAGCAGAUGACAAAUCUCUGAAAGAGGUUUUCAAAACUUUUGAUCCAACUGCUUCCCCAUUUUGUUAGCUGUUGUGUGAUUAAGCAAUUCUUUUCACUCCUGUGACUGUCGCAGUCCUCUGCGGUUUUGUAACUGGUUUACCUCUAUAGUUUAUUUAUUUUUAAAUUCUAAACACUUUUCAGCUGCUAGUAUUAGAACCACAUGAAGUUAUAUCCUCUAAAUCCUGUGGUAUUUUAUAUAAUAUUUUUAUAAAGUCAUUGACAUAGAAACCUAUGUAUCAUGUUAGCGUCAGUAAAAGUACAUUUAUUGUAAAUAAACCAUCAUGAACUCAAUACUCUGCCUGAAUAUAUGCCAGUUGUCUUUUAUAAUUAAUGUUUAGAUAGAUGAUUACCACUUUUAUAUGGUUGUUUAGUUUCAAGCAAUAUGAUAUACAUUACUUUUGAGAAACAUUAUUUUGACUAGGAUCCUCUCUACUUGUCAGCACAGAACUGAUUCAUUUGUAAUGCUAACUGCUAACUAAAAUAGAAAAUGAAGUCGAGAAAAGACUUUAAAAUCAUGAUUAGCAGAACAGUUCACAUUAAGGGCAUCACUUUUAUUAGUAUUGGCAAUAGUAUUUGUGUACAUGAAGCAUUCGAAUGUUAUCUUUUACAAGUGUUUUAUUGUUUUCUGUAUAAUAGAAGUUGAAAGUAUAUAAAUAGAAUGUUUGCUAAAGUGAAAAAUUCCCAAGUUCUCUAACAUAAUUUUUUAAUUUAAUUUUCAUAUUAAAUAGUUAUGAGCUUCUGCUGUGUUACAUUGUAAUGUUCAUGUAUUUCAAUGUAUUUUUGUCUUUAGCAGCAUAAUUUAUAUUUUUCAAGUAAUGUAGCUGUAAUAAUUGUAUUCAUUAUGACUUUGGCAAAUUUUAACAAAAUUUUAGAAGAUCUAGUGACAGUCUGUAGUGAUUAUUACACUGAUAAUGUUUUAAAUGCCCAGGUACCGUAUUUUUACUUAAACAGCAAGAAAACACGGAGACUGCAGGUGUAGUCACUGGUAUAUGGCUACCAAGAAAGAAUCUCUUCCAGACCUCGCCCAACUGGUAUUCUGUAGCAGAGGCGACUACCUGGUGUUUUAAGUAUUUAAUGUCCUCAUAGUUUGUAAAUCUCAUAACUUGAUUGGAAAUUGUAUUUUUAUGAAAAAAACUCAUAUUCAUUUCUGUGUAUUUAUUGAGGUAUGUAAAUAAUAGCAGCCCUCUUUGUUUCAUACAUGUAUCAUUUUUAAAAAAAAAUUUUUAUUGUGCUUUAAGUGAAAGUUACAUGUAUUAUCUAUAACUGGGACUAAAUAUUACACUCCUUCUCCCAUCUUGAACUGGAGGUCUACAUACAACAGUGAUUGCUGCUAACAACUCCAGCAAGUAACUUGAAAAGGAGCAUAACAUUAUAAAGGAUAAUGAAAGGAAAGUUAAGGUUUUUAACUUAGCUCGAUCAGUUCUGAAGUGAAAACAACCGCUCUUCAGAGGAGAUUUUAAAAACACACAGCAAAAUAUGUCUUUGAGACCCUAAUGCUCAACAGCAUAUGUCCUCUGUGUUCACUUCUUCACUUUUUGUUACUUUUGUUUUUUGCUCGGACUCCGUGCUAAAAUGCGGUUGUAGUUCAGUGAACAAAAACUCUGCCUACAUAAGAGGUGCUUUUUUGUUAAGUGGCAGGGCACUAUUCAGGGCAUGUGUAUUCCUACUGCUAUAUUUUGCUUACUUUGUUGCCCAAGAAGGCCCUGGAUGGCAUUUUGGGGUUUAAAAAUGCAUGUUGUAAGCCACCAUAGAAAAUGUUUCCUGGUUUACUCUCUGAACAGAGUAAGUCAAUAAAAUGGAUAACCGGACAGGAAAAAAAAAAAAA